AUGGGCACCCGGCAGACCAAGGGCAGCCUGGCGGAGAGAACCAGCCCCGGCGCGGCGUCCGGCGCCCGCCGCGAGCGGCCCGACUUCUGGGCAUCGCUGCUGCUCCGCGCCGGGGACAAGGCGGGGCGCGCGGGCGCCGGCGCGGGGCAGCCCCCCUACCACCGGCGCGUCGGCAUGGUCCAGGAGCUGCUGCGGAUGGUGCGCCAGGGCCGGCGGGAGGAGGCGGGGACGCUGCUGCAGCACCUGCGCCAGGAUCUGGGCAUGGAGUCGACCUCGCUGGACGAUGUUCUGUACCGCUAUGCCAGCUUCAGGAACCUGGUGGACCCCAUCACACAUGACCUCAUCAUCAGCCUGGCCCGCUACAUCCACUGCCCCAAGCCGGAAGGCGAUGCACUAGGAGCCAUGGAGAAGCUGUGCCGGCAGCUGACCUACCACCUCAGCCCCCACUCCCAGUGGAGGCGGCCCAGGGGGCUGGUGAAGAGGAAGCCGCAGGCUUGCCUCAAGGCCAUCUUGGCCGGGAGCCCUCCAGACAACACAGUGGACCUGUCCGGCAUCCCUCUGACCUCCCGUGACCUGGAGCGGGUGACCAGCUACCUGCAGCGCUGUGGGGAGCAGGUGGAUAGCGUGGAGCUGGGCUUCACAGGCCUCACAGAUGACAUGGUCCUACAGCUUCUGCCAGCACUCAGCACACUGCCCCGCCUCACCACACUGGCACUCAACGGCAACCGGCUGACCCGGGCCCUGCUGCGAGACCUCACCGACACCCUUAAGGACCCCAGCAAGUUCCCUAAUGUCACAUGGAUUGACCUGGGCAACAAUGUGGACAUCUUCUCAUUGCCCCAGCCCUUCCUUCUCAGCCUGCGCAAACGCUCCCCAAAGCAAGGCCACCUACCCACCAUCCUAGAGCUGGGCGAGGGCCCAGGUAGUGGGGAGGAGGCCCGGGAUGGCACAGUGGGCCAGGAGGACCCUGGAGGAGACCCUCUGGUCCUAGCCCAAGACCACAAGGACAGGGAGACUAUAGAUGCAGCUCAGACGUGACAUGCAAGUGGGGGUCCUCACCCCCACUGUGGGAGUCUCUGGGGUAGGAUGGCUAAAGCAGGCAUUACAGGGAUCCCUGUAAGGAGACCACACACCCAUGAGAAGCCAGAUUGUAUCAUCUGGAAAAGGGUGACUGUGUAAUACUUCUUUGAUCCUCUUCAUCUCCCCUUGUCAAUGGUUUAUCUGACUUUUGGCUCCUGCAGUCAUUCCUAGCUCAAGAGGUAUCAAUCCCUCAGCCUCCCCAAACCUGGUGUGGUAGAUACUUGAAGCUUGAGCUGAAGUGAAAGUAGAGAUGAGAUUCUACAUCUAACCUGGCAUUUUCCAAUUCUGCCAUUACAUUUGCUUUAUUCUGGGCAGGAAACCCCAGCCAGAUGUGGUGUGCCUGCUUGUCAGGUUGGAAUCUUGACCCUCACUCCUGGCUGCCAGAGACCCUAAGAGUCCAUCCCCACCUGGACUGCAGGUUGUCUACCUCUCCUCCCUUGUGGAACUCCAAUCUACUUCCUAGACUGGGUCUCCAUUUCUGAGGCCCACCCCCCCCCCAAUCUACUGUUAUAUGAACUGCCCCUGGGACCAGUCAUCACCCCGUAUUCUCCAAUAGAGCAUCAUAAAUACCCAGGGCAAACAAGGUGCCCAUUCAAGCCCCACACCCCAUCACUCCCAAUGGCUGCCAGACCUUAUAUGGGUGUGAGCCCUGCUUCUAGGAUUUAAGUACUUUUUCCACAAGAGAUUCCACUCGUGGAAUCACACGUAGUCCUAGAUACUCUGAGCACAUUCCCGAUAAACAUACCAUCAGACUAAAAUAUUCAGGGCGAUGCAGAUGAAGCUAACACUUCAAACUCUUGGCAGAACUAGUGCCUCAAAGGAAGACAGAUGGGAGAUAUAAACUAGAGGCUUCCAAGGGGAACCAGUCAAUUCUUGAGCCAGAGGAAAAUUGUCCAGGUGCCCAGUGACCAUGCUGAGGCCAGGCAGCAAGAUCCCAACUCAGAAAAAUGGGGCUUUGGUGGAGAGUCAGACUGAACCUCGGCUAGACAAGUAAAUCAAAGGGACUGCCUUAAAUACUGUGGAGUCUCUGCUUUCUUGAGGUGAAGACAACUUAAACUGACCAUAGAGGAAAUGAAUUGCUGACACCUGCCUGUACUGCUCUUAUCUGACAGCAGUCAUCAAAUUUAACUUUUUCUCCACAAAUACAUUUUUAAGAACCAAUACCAAAGAUUGUCCUUUAUUACAGUAUUAAGUUUAUGGGAAUAGCAUGGGGACAUUAAUUUCUAGAGGAAGUAAGUUUCCAGUUACAAAACUCAGACCUGUGGUCACUUUAUGUAAUACUGAGGUACAAAAGCUCCUGUUGAGCAAGGAGCACUAGAAAAACGAAGAGUUUUCAGAGUCCAAACUGUUGGUGCUGAUCCUUGAGACUUCAAACUGCUCCCAUGGCAUGAUUGCCAUCUUCUGUCAAAGUAGCCUGCAAAGACACUAAAUUUUAGUUUUACUUCCCACAGCAACCAAUAGUCAUUCACAGCAUUGAAGGUAUCUUCAGAAAACCUUAGGUUCACCACUAUACAAUCUGCCGGUAAUUCCAGCUUGUUUAGGUGAGUUCAUCAUUUGAUAGCCUUUUCUUUAAUCUUGACAAAAGUAGUUUAUUCUACCAUAGGAGUCAGUGUUCAGUGUUCAGAUCUAACCUUACCUCUUGGUUUGUUGAGCUGCUGUCACUCCCAACUCAAAAACCUGCACUGCUCAUCACCUCUCCAGCACUUAAAACCUGCAAAGGGGGUGGGAAAAGAGACCCAUUAUCAGCAAAUGUUGAAAAUAGUACUGAUUACAACAACCUGAAGUAUCCUAACCUGAGCGCCAAACACAGUUAAGUCCUACUUUGCUUAUCUGAUGUAACAUCCAUUUAGCUACAUUUUAAAUGUCAGAAAUCUAAGGCUAUCACCUUAAAAAACAAGGGAAAACUACAUCUCAGAGCAAAAAGGCCAUUUGGUCUGGAUUAUACAGCCAUGGGUCAUAGUGAGAACUUCACUUGCAACAAUGAACUUCAAUCAGUAUCUGAGAUAUUGCCAAUUAAGGAUCUAGCAUUAUAGUUAUGUAUCAGCUUACCCCACAGCAGGUCAGUGCUCCUUGUUUUUUCAAAUUGUUGAUGACAUACUGGCAUUCCUUCACUAGCAUGAGACCUGGAUAAAUACAAAAAUUAAGGGUCACUGUUCAAACUAGGUUAUUCCUGGGGACCCAGCAACUGGUGAAAGACUUGACUGCAGUCAGCCAGGAAUUGUUAUCGUCAGUUAUCGCUUCUGACGGCACUUCCUAUUAGUGAUUUCAUCAGAACAGUCAAGCCCUUGACAACUCACUCCCCUGUACUGCUCCAGACUAGGCACUAAGAAUUAAGCUAAAUUACAUUUACAACAGGAGACAUUGUAAUGCAGUAUGUGUUUGCAAGCAGUUCUGAUUUAAAU